CGCUGACUUUUCGGUGACGUGGAGGAGGAAGCGAACCCAACUUUGCACAGUUCUGGUUUAUUUACUCUAUGGGACUGUCAGUCAGUCCGCAGCAAGUUAGCUGUGAUCUACCUUCUGGUUUACACAACAGAUGGACAACUGUCAUCUUGCUUGAUAAGCUGUUUCUUUAGACUCCACACUUAUGGUGUUCAGCCAUACGGAGGGUGGGAAGAUGCAAAGUGACUGGACAGUUUCGGACAGCGAUGGGACACCUUUCACCCCACUGGUGGUCCUGGAGCUGGCACAUGACGCCAACGCGGAGGCCGUUCAGUGGUUGCUGAGUAGGAUACGAGACAAGCAACAGGAUGGAGGGUCUGAGUUGCUGGUGGAGCAGCUGCUAGCGGGGGGGCCGGAUGGGGAGAAGGGCAACCCCAACGUGCUGCUGGUGGGCUCCAGCCUGCGGAGGCUGCUGGACGGGGCCGAGGACGUGGGCCUCUUCAAGGAGUUCAACGACGGCUCCAUGCGCGGCUUCACCUACUCCAACAGAGACAACUUCAAAGACUUUCAAGAGGAUGGCGAUGGCUUCCUGAGUGUUGCUGAGUGCCAGUACAUUAUCAAACACGAGCUGGACACCCUCAGAGCCAGAGACGAGGCCAACGUGCCUGGAUAUCCCAAAGCCAAGCUCUACCCUGGCAAAUCCAUCAUUCGCAGGUUACAGUCCAAAAGUAUUCUCCUCCAAGUGUUUCCCCUCCAUGACAAGGAGGAGCUGAAGAGACUCUCCUUUUCCUGGUAUAAAAAGGUCAGGCUCUCAUUUCAACCACUUGAUGUCAUCAGGCACUACUUUGGUGAAGGCCUGGCCCUCUACUUUGGCUUCCUGGAGUAUUUCACCCUGGCCAUGGUGCCCAUGGCUCUCAUUGGCAUCCCUUACUACCUCUGGGACUGGGAGGACUACGACAAGUAUGUGCUGUUUGCCGUCUUCAACCUGGUCUGGUCCACCGUCUUCUUGGAGGUGUGGAAGCGUACCAGCGCCUCGCUGGCGUACGGCUGGGGCACGCUGAGCCGCCAGAAGGCCUUUGAGGAGCCCCGGGCCGGCUUCCACGGCGUGCUGGGCUUCAACCCCGUCACGGGCCGCGAGGAGCCCAUCUACCCCAACAGCAGACGGCAGCUGCGCAUCUACCUGGUGUCUGUGCCCUUCGUGGUGCUCUGCCUGUACCUGUCCUUCUGCAUCAUGAUGGUCUACUUUGACAUGGAGACCUGGUGCCUGGCACUGUACGAGCUGGAGCCCAACUUCUGGACCGGCGUGCUGCUGUUCGUGCCCAGCAUCAUCUACGCGGUGAUCAUCGAGGUGUUGAACCUGCUCUAUCGAUACGCUGCCGAGUUCCUCACAGACUGGGAAAACUACAGACUGGAAUCAUCAUAUCAGAAUCAUCUGGUGUUAAAAGUAUUGGUGUUCAACUUCUUCAACUGCUUCGCGUCUCUCUUCUACAUUGCCUUUGUCAUGCAAGACAUGGUGCUACUUCGUCAGAGUCUGGCGACGCUGCUGAUCACGUCACAGAUCCUCAACCAGAUCAUGGAGGCCUUCCUGCCCUACUGGCUGCAGCGGCGCCGCAACAAGAAGGCCCACCGGCGCCUCCAGAAGGUGGCCAAGAAGGAGCAGGAGCUGCCUCUGCCACAGCAGGUCCUGCUGGAGUCCGACAUGAGCACAUAUCUGGGCACCUUUGAUGACUACCUGGAGCAGUUUCUCCUGUUUGGCUAUGUGAGCCUGUUCUCCUGCGUCUACCCGCUGGCCGCCGUGCUGGUGGUCCUCAACAACAUCACAGAGGUCUACUCAGAUGCCUUCAAGAUGUGCUGUGUCUUCAAGAGGCCCUUCGCAGACCCCGCCUCCAAUAUCGGAGUGUGGCAGCUGGCAUUUGAGACAAUGAGCGUGAUUGCUGUGGUGACCAACUGUGCCUUGAUAGGCCUGUCUCCCCAAGUGAAGGCCUACUUCCCUGAGUCAGACACACAGCUCAUCCUACUGGUGGUCUGUGUUGAGCACAUUCUCCUGGCGUCUAAGUUCAUCCUGGCCUUUGUGAUCCCCGAUGUGCCAAAGCCCAUCCAGAUUCAACUGGCCCGCCUGGAGUUUGAGUCCUUAGAGGCCCUGAAGAAAAAAAUGAGACUUCACGGUCGAAAAUCUUGGAAACCUCUAGUACCUCUGACAAGUGAGGAGACGAGACGCUGACAGAUGCUGAAGUUGAAGGAUCUUCCUUGAAAUAGUAGACAAGAGUGGGGGCGUGUUUACAGUACACUAUUGGACAGAAUGCAGAGUGCACUCCUCGGCCCACCGAGCAUGCAGCUCUACAUACAACUGGCUUGGCAAGUUUCUGGCUGUUACCUGACCUAGCUACAGUAUAAUCCAGUGGCCUUCACCUUGUUUUGCACUUUUUGUAUUACGUUUUAGUACUUAUUAUGCGGUGUCAUGGAAAUGCAGUGUUUGCAGUGUGUUGAAAAGACGGGGUAAGAAUUUAUAACCCAAAAUCUUGAAAAAAGAUAGAUGUUUUUUUUUCAUGAAUACUUCCCAUUAGACUAAGUGAUGGAAAGUAUAUGCUGAAGGCCGUUCACAUUGCUGGGCAAAAAUGGGAUCCAUCUUGUUUUUUUAAAGAGCAAAACAGAAUGACCAUAUCUUCUACUGUACGUAUAGCCGCCAAUGUGGGGGCUAUGGCAUCUCCAUAUAAGGGGCCUUCUGUUAAGACGGACCUUUUGAAAACAAAAUAAUUUCAUCAUAUUCCCCACUAUCUCAGGACCAUUGGCACUCCAUAUACACUGGAAAGCCCUCUUCACGGUUUGGCACGAAAGCAUUAGAAAUCCUUAUUUUUCAGCCGAGAACUUGCUACUUCAAACGGUUAAAACUAUUUUGCCAGUUGUUUGAGCAAUGCCAUUUGUAAGCAUUGACAAGCAACAACUUCAUGGUUUCUAUUUAUUUUUAGACUAUCUGCUUAAAUGCCAGACAAUGUCUUUAAAUGUCACAUACCAAAUGUUACAGUAUUAUGGUCUCUCAUAUUAUGUGUUUAAGUUCAGAUUCUUUGCAAAAAAAAAGUUAUGCCAAGUAUAGAUGCUCUAUCAUGGAAUAAAUAGGCUACAUACGAA